AUGACUUACAAUGUACCUUGCAUCGGGGGACCAGUUACGGUCCCAUAUCGGAUGCUGAAAUCAUCCACUGCGAACUUCGACGAAAGCCACAAGCUCGGUGAAGGUGGCUUUGGUGCUGUUUACAAGGGAUAUCUUCCAGAUGGAUCCGAAGUGGCGAUCAAAAAGCUCACCGUCACCUCCAAGCACGGUGAGCUUCAGUUUCUGAACGAAGUCAAGGCGAUCAGCAGCGUGCAGCAUCGGAACUUGGUAAAGCUGCUGGGAUGUUCUAUGGAAGGCACAGAAAGGCUUCUUGUCUAUGAGUUCCUCAAGAACAACAGUUUGGAAAACGCUUUGUUCGGCGCUGUAGAGAAGCCCCUGUCCUGGGAAACUCGCCAUAACAUUCUCUUGGGAACUGCUCGUGGUUUAGCAUAUCUCCACGAAGACUCACAAAUACGAAUAGUACACAGGGACAUCAAACCGAGCAACAUUCUCCUGGAUGAGUUCUACGAGGCCAAGAUAGCCGACUUUGGAUUGGCAAGGCUGUUCGAAUCGUCCCAUCAGCUGGAGGUUCUAACCACCAAAGCUGCAGGAACAUAUGGCUACAUGACGCCAGAGUACGCACUCAAUGGUCAGCUGAGUGACAAGAUCGAUGUUUACAGCUAUGGAAUCGUCAUUCUGGAAACCGUGAGUGGCAAAAGAAACCGAGACAGAUCGCUGGUGGACGAGGCAUGGCAGCUUCAGGCUGACACAGGAGGGGUAUUUCGCGACUUUGUGGAACCGAAACUGGAGAACGAAGUUUCCAACAGCCAGGCGCUGCAGCUGGUGACACUGGCGCUCAUGUGUACUCAAGACUUGCCUCAGGCGCGGCCGUCAAUGCCUCACGUCGUCCCGAUGCUGGCAGGGUACUCAAACGCUCACGUUCCAGAGAACUUGGACCGAUCGUCUUCACUCUCCUACGCAAUGACUCCACCAGGAUCUCCUCGGGAGCUUCCAAUGAAUCCCCGCAGAUUUCCACCUUGGGGCCACGAUAGUUCCAUUUUGAUUUUGGAGUUUGAGAUGUGCGCUUUCAAAACGUAG